CGCGAGGAGCGUCCCCGACUCAACCGACAGUUGUUGGUCAGUCUCACCGGCCGGGGGAGCAGAAGCGGAAGCUCAAGCGAAGGACCCGGGCAGCGCCGCCGCCAUCGCGGGCCGCGAGAUCGCAGGCGCGGGGUCCGGUUGCGAGCGAGGGCCACGCGGCGGUGGAGAGGAGAGAGGGGGGCGUCGGGUUGAGCCGUGAGGCGAGCCAGUCAGAUGCGCUCGGAAUGGGGAAGCCCGUCGAUGUGGAGCUCGGCGGCGCGGGGGGCCUCGGGAUCGCGGGCGGCGGGGGCGGGGGCGGAGGCUGCGUGGGAGGCUGCGGCGCGAUCGGGCGGGCGGUGUCGUUCCGGUGCGUGUUCGUGCUCCUGCUCGCCGCGGGGGUGCUCGUCCCGGCGCUGUUCCUGCUCGUGCCCUCGCGCCACGAGGGGUACGUCUCCGACGACCCCGACGUGCUCGCCGCUGAAAUCAAAGUUGGUUUCACUUUGGAAAAGCCAGUGUCAUUCCUUACUUCUCACAUAGACAAACUAGGGAAUGACAUAUUUGAAGAGAUUGGUGUACCUAAUAGCAAGAUUUCCAUUGUUUCAAUGCAGCCCUUAACCUCUAAAUACUCCACAAAUGUUGUUUUUGGUGUCCUUCCUUAUCCAAAAGAUGCUGCGAUAAGUUUGCCAGCCCUAAGUGUGCUAAAAUCAUCCUUGAUAGAGAUGAUGCUCCAGCAUGUGAACCUAUCCUUAACACCAUCACUUUUUGGGCAUCCAUCUUCCUUUGAACUGAUGAGGUUCCCUGGAGGAAUUACUGUCAUACCUUCACAGCCUGGUUCUCCAUGGGCGGAUACAUACCCCCUAUUCAACUUUGUGUUGAACAACUCCAUUUAUCAGAUCCUGGGUAAUCUUACGGAGCUAAAGGAUCAGCUGAAACUUGGAUUAAACUUGAGGUCAUAUGAGAAAAUAUAUUUGCAGUUCAGGAAUGAGAUUGGUUCUUCAAUUGAAGCUCCAGCAACUAUUGAUGCAUUGGUGUUAGAUGGAAGCAGUAAUCUUUUACCAGAUAGAUUGAAACAACUAGCUCAGCUAAUCACAGAACCUGAUGUAGGUAAUCUUGGCCUUAAUCACUCUGUAUUUGGUAAAGUAAAGGGUGUUCAGCUGUCAUCAUACCUACAACACAAGAUCUCUGAUUUAUCUCCUAGUCCAUCUCCUUCGCCUUCUCCAUCUCCAUCUCCAUCACCAUCACAAUCACCUAUUCCAAGUAUGCCACCAUCCUUGUCACCUUUUGGGAACAACCCCCACCCUUCACCUCCGACAUAUAUGAACCCGAACCACCCUCCUCAGGCUUUGCCCCCUUCACGGAGCAGAUACCCUUGCUUUCCAUGUUUUAGAUGUAAUCGCUUUCCUCCAGCUGGUAGUCCAAUUGUAAAACCUCCUUGCAUUGGUAGAGACCCUAAGCUACCCCCAUUUAUGCAUUCGCCAAAGCCAUCUGCUGUUCCUUCCCCUCCAAACCCCAAUCGUUUUCCAAAAACAGUCCCUAGACCCACUUCUCCAAUGAUGCCAGUACCUUCACCCUCGGUGUUUCAUCAUUCGGUACCCCCAAGGAAGAAGCAGAACAGCAAAGCAUCUAAUGUCCCUUCAAUAGCUCCAUCACCGUAUACUCUCCUUCAUACUUGAAGUUAUGCUUAACUGGAUAUCUGGGUUGCUUGGACUGUUGGUCAUGCAUCAUCAGGAAAAUCCAGCCAGAAGACAGAGUCACAGUGCCUGCAAUUUUGCUGCUUCAAGUAUUACCAUGAGUUGCGAUCAUGGGCUAUGAUAUGAAGGUGGCUGCCCUAUGCCACGAAGGGCUUUGUUUAUUGGCAACUAAACCAUAUGAAGAAUUGUAAAGCUUCUGAUGUCAGAUUGACUGUAGAUAUAGGUUCAUAUCAUGCUAAUUAACCAGGGUAUUAUGCCACGAAGGUGGCUGCCCUAUGCCUCUACCAACUUUUAAGUUCUCACCAAAGGAUUGAGAGCUUAUGGUAGAGGAGAAUGUAGGACACCAAGUUUUGAGUUCUCACACCGAAGGGCUGGGAGCUUAUGGUAGAGGAGAAUGUAAGGAGACUCCUAUUACUGGUGCCACGCGCUGCAACAUAACUCUUCUUUGUAUCAUGUUGAGCAUAAUACAACAUCCAACUUCGCUACGAGAUUUCUUACGUUCA